ACCAAAAGAAGAAGAACUUCCGGAAGUCCGGUUCCUGUCACUCCUGUCGCUGAGAGUCACUUUUCUGAGGAAGGACAUAUUUAAAAGAAAAGUAUUUUAUGGGGGAGGACGCAGAGUAUUUAACUUAGUUAUUCCCCCUUAUACUGGUUGGGUAUUUGUUUUUGGAUAUAGUAUUUGGAUAUAAAGUCUGUUUAGCGAUAGAAAGCGCUGAGCUGUGUGAUGCAACAUGGCAGCAACUGCUGUCAGGAGGAGGUUUCUGUCAGUUUUCAGUUUCCACAGCCGUGGACUGGACACAGUGGGACAGAAGACCCUGUCUUCUCUACCAUCUAUCCUGACCUCUAAAGAACAAGAGAUAUACCCUUGCUUUAAAAGCAGAGGGCCGGAGGGAAGCGGGAGCCCGGUGAGCAGACACCCACCCUGGAAGGAUGGAGGCGGUCAGUCAGGCAGCUCUACCCGGCUCAGGACUCUCUCCGUGGGGUUGGGGCUCUGCGGAGUGGCGCUUCUGGAUCGUCUUAAGGAGGAACAAGUGGAUUCAGACGGAUCCUCUAGAUCAAUAAGCAGCUUUCUGAGGCUCCUCCUGCCAUCAGCUCACUGUGCCUCCCCCUUUAAACCUGACAGCCCCCGCUUCAGGUACAACUUCAUAGCUGAUGUGGUGGAGAAGUCCACUCCUGCUGUGGUGUACAUCGAGAUCGUGGGGAGACAUGCGUUCUCAGGGCGAGAAGUCCCCGUGUCAAACGGCUCCGGGUUCAUCAUCAGCAGCGACGGCCUCAUCGUCACCAACGCCCACGUUGUGGCCAACAGGAGAGGCGUCCGAGUAAAGCUCACCAACGGCGAGACGUACAACGCCACGGUCCAGGACGUUGACCCUGGGGCGGAUAUAGCCACAAUCAAAAUCAAUUCAAACAAACCUUUACCCACGCUCCGGCUGGGUCAGUCGUCAGACGUUCGCCAGGGGGAGUUCGUGGUCGCCAUGGGAAGUCCGUUUGCGCUUCGGAACACCAUCACCUCUGGGAUCGUCAGCUCAGCGCAGAGAGGAAGCAAAGAGCUGGGCCUGUCCAACUCCAACAUUGACUACAUUCAGACAGACGCAGCCAUCGACUUUGGAAAUUCUGGAGGUCCUUUAAUAAAUCUGGAUGGAGAAGUUAUCGGCAUUAACACCAUGAAGGUCACUGCAGGGAUCUCGUUCGCUAUCCCAUCUGAUCGCGUGAAACUUUUCCUUGAUCAAGCAUCGAGAAGAAAAACUUCCAGAUUAGACGACUCUGGAACGAGGCCUCGGUACAUCGGAGUCAUGAUGCUGACGCUGACACCGAGCAUCAUAGCUGAGCUGAAGAUGAGGGACCAGUCCUUCCCCAGCGUUAGUCACGGUAUUCUGAUCCACAGAGUCAUCACAGGGUCACCAGCCAGCAGAGCUGGAAUGCUGCCAGGAGACAUUGUGCUGAAGAUCAACGGCGUCGAGGUGAAAACCUCUGAGGAGAUCUACAAGGCUGUCAGGAGCUGCAAGAGCAUCACCAUGGUGGUGCAGAGAGGAAACGAGCUGCUUCAGCUCCAAGUGACGCCUGAAUACAUCGAGUGAUGCAGGCCUCGGCGCUUCCCGUUACACACUGAGGACCUCAUGGUCGAGGAGAGGAAAGCUGUGAAUCCUGAUGACUUUUUUUGGUUUAAUGUGAAUACUUUUAUUCAUAUGGAACAAAACAAGUCUACAGUUGCUUAAAUAAAACAAAGUAUGGCCAUAAUUUAGCAACAUAAGUUCUUAAAAUGAAACAUCAGAUGUGAAACAUAUUUCUGGGUUUUCUGACUACUUCUUUGUAAAAUAAAUAAACUGUGGUGGGUUAGUUUGUAAAUAAAAGGCUGAAACAGC